UUUAUGCAAACUGGAACGAUGAGUAAGACGGAUAAUAAUUGUCGUGUUUUUAAUAAAUUGUAUCAUAUUUUUGGAUAAAUUUUAAUAUAUACGCAAUUAUAUUUUUUUAAGAACAUAAAUUGUUAUCGUAAUAUAUUUUUCUAAAAAUUAAAAGUGAAAUUUUUAUAGUUUUGCAUGAAUUUAUAUAUUUGUACAUAGAUAAUAAAAAGUAUUAGGUUAGAAUAACGUAUUGUGUAGUAAUAACUAAAAUGUCAAAAAAGUGGGAGUGAAAAAAAUAAAUAUAUUUGUGACAGUACUACAGUUUAUGUGAAUUUAUUGAUAUUUAAUUGUAAAUAAUAAGUUUUUUUAACACUAAGUAUUAUCUGUGCCUACAAUAGUUAAUUUUAAUUGUGUAAUUGUGGCAUUGUUUUUAAUUGAAGAGUGAGUCAUUAAACAAAAAUAACAAAUCAUGUCUGGUUUUAAAGUGUCUGCAUUAUAUGAUUUUUCUGGUGAACCGGGCACUGGUGAACUAUCAAUUAAAGCUGGUGAUAUAUUAACAGUAACACGUAGUGAUGUGGGUGAAGGAUGGUGGGAAGGGACAAAUGCAGCAGGUAAAUCUGGAUUAUUCCCAGCUGCAUAUGUAGAGACAAUAUCAACAAGUGGUCCACCAGACAGACCUCCGCCUAUGUUACCGCCUCAAGCAUCCGUCGAUAGUGAUAAUAAUUGGGGUGGUGAUAAUAAUACAGGAAAUGAUGCAGACGGAUGGGAUGACGAUUGGGAUGAAGAUACUUACUCUGAAAUUGGACCUGGUGGAAACUCACAGCAAAUUUAUGCAAAUGAUAACGUUGGUGGGGGUGCUCCGACAAUGCCCUUACCUGCUGUACCGUAUGAUGAUAAUAUAUCAAAUUAUGGUGGAAGUGAUUCUCGAGGUCCAGUUGCUAAAAAAAAUUUAAAUCGUUUUUCUAAUUUCGUUAAGUCUGGUAUUGAGAGUUAUAUAUUUGGUGAUUUAAAAAUCCAAGUAUCGGAUGCUGAUAAGAUAUAUAUUUCACUAUCGGAUCAUGGUAUAUGCAGUUGGCCCUCCAUAACACGACCUUACACUGUACAGGUUGCAUCGCCCAAAAAAGAAUCGAAAUUAAAAGGACUUAAAAGUUUUAUUGCAUAUCAAUUAACACCGAGUUUUAAUAGUAUUCAAGUAUCACGUCGCUAUAAACAUUUUGAUUGGCUACAUGAACGCUUGACAGAGAAAUUUUGUAUAAUUCCCAUUCCACCAUUACCUGAUAAGCAAAUAUCAAAUCGGUACGAUGAACAUUUCAUCGAACAUCGGCGUGUACAACUUCAAGCAUUCGUUGAUUGGGUUUGCCAACAUCCAGUGUUAUCUGUUUGCGAAGUAUGGCAACAUUUUCUUACUUGCACCGAUGAAAAACGUUGGAAAUUAGGUAAACGACAAGCGGAAAAAGAUAAUUUAGUUGGUGCAAAUUUUUGUGUACUAUUAGAAACCCCAGAGAAAUUAUUAAUGCCUUUUGUCUUAGACCCACAAAUAGAACGAUGUCAAAAUUUUAUACAUAGCUUAGAUAAUUCAUUAAAAAAUUUAAUGGCAACGGUGAUUGAGCAAACAAAAAAACAUCAAGGUCCAUAUAAACGGGAAUUUCAAAAAGUUGGCGAAAGUUUUUAUGCAUUUGGAACCUCGCUAGACUUGGGCGAAGAUAGUGCAGCGAUACCAUCCAAAUUAACGGAUGCGGUAAAACGUACUGGUGCUACAUAUAUUGAAAUUAGUAAAUUGAUCGAAGAUCAACCGAAAUAUGAUUGGGAACCGUUAAAUGAUCGAUUGCAUUUAUAUAAAGGUAUUACACAAGGUUUUCCCGAUGUUUUAGCGGUUCAUAAAGUGGCAAUGAAUAAACGUAAAGAAUGUGAAAAGUUAACGUCCGAUCAAAAAAUGAAUGUGUCCGAAUUAACUGAAGUGACACGUAAAACUGAUGUUAUUAAUUAUGGUAUUUUAGCUGAAAUCAAUCAUUUUAAAAAAGAACGUGAAAUUGAUAUACGAAUUACAAUGAAAGCAUUUUUACAACAACAAAUACAAUUUUAUGAAAAUAUUGUUCAUAAAUUACAAAAUACUUUAGAUUUAUUUGAUGAACAAUAAAAAUUGUUUUUAUUUUUCAAUUUUUUUUUUCAUUUUUUUCUACCAUAGAAUAUAUUGGGUGUCACAUAACGAUCACCUUCGGACAAUACAAGAAUAAAAGUAUUAAUUCUAAGCAGAUAAAGCCCAUGCUUAUAAAACCUUGUGAUUAUCUCACCGUUGAUCGAAUAUUGGAUAAAAUGUUUUUUCCUUUUUUUGGUCGUAUUUUCGGGGGCUCGAGAAAGCUAACAUCUCGCUACAUAGAAUUUUCUUAUGUAACAAGUUGCCCAAUAGAACGUAAAGAACAAAUAUAAGUCUCAACGGGAAUUACAAAGUUUGUGAGUCGCGGGCAUGUGGCCUAUAAAGUUAUCGUAACUGAUCUCAUGGCCACGUCAUAAUAGGGAUGUUGUCUAAAUUUUUAUUAUCACUACAUUUGAAGAAUUCUCCCUGGACGGGCAGAAAAAUGAAAUUGGUUUUUGAAAAUCUUUAAUAGUAUGCA